UUGCUUCCUGUCUCACGGUGGGCUCACACCUUCUCUCAAUGGGAGGUGUUUUCUGUCUCUGAAAUAUAUCUCGCAACUAUUCAGCAGAUGGACCACCUCAUACACACAGGUAUAGUGCGGAGAGCUGCCAGCACUUGUGUUAAUGUGGCUGUGUGCGGGCCAGUAUGCCAGAACACUUGAUGGAGAGCAACACGAUGAGGCCGGUACAGCUAGAGCCGUUUGACCAUCAGGUCGGCGGCCAUCACUCCAUGCUACGCUACAAUGAGGACACACUAUGCAAGCCCCUGAUUCCACGGGAACAACUGUUCUAUGAAACACUACCCGAGGAACUGAAGGAGUUUACACCCCAGUAUAGAGGUAUGAUUGAGGUGAAGCUCCAUGAGGACAGUGACGGAUACAUCAAGCUGAUUGGUUACCCAAUACAGAAGAACCAAAAUCACCGCAACUCAUGUUCUCCAACAUCCAGUGAGAGUGACUCGGAGUCUUCGGGAGCCGCUGUGUCAAUACCCCUCUCCAACCGACUGGAACAAACUAAGAGUAGUAUGAAACUGCUGCGAAGUGGGAGUAUAGAAGUGAGCACCAAGACGGACAAGACCUAUGUCACACCUGACGUCGGCAGUGGCAGCAAGGCCCGCAACAAUAAAGCAUCUCUGAAUCCCUGGAGCCUGAAGUGCCACAAGGAGCAGGUGGCUCGUAUGAGGCAGGACCGACAUGGCCCGGACCAGUCCAAAUUUAUCCUCUUGGAAAAUGUAGCAGCACAUUUCAAGCACCCUUGUAUCUUGGAUCUGAAGAUGGGUCCUCGACAGCAUGGGGACGAUGCCACGGCAGAAAAGAGGGAAACUCAGGUCAAGAAAUGUGCAGCAACCACAUCCGUGUCACUUGGACUACGAAUGUGUGGAAUGCAGGUGUACCAGCAGACGACAGGCAUCUAUGUUACCCGGGACAAGUUCUUCGGUCGCACACUGAUGGAUGACACCUUCAAGGACACAUUAUAUCAGUUCCUUCAUAAUGGACACACAUUGCGAACCUGUGUCAUCGAGCCCAUCGUCCAGCGGCUAGAAAAACUGUACUCGCAGCUGCUGAAACAGCAGACAUUCCGGUUCUACUCCAGCUCUCUCCUCAUCAUGUAUGGAGGAGAGGAGGACGAGGAGACAAUAUCACAGGAUUCCUCCGAGGAGAAUGCCAACGGUGAUUCCCCAACCUGGCAGGAAAGCAGCCAUCCAGUCAUUGAAAUCAAAAUGAUUGAUUUUGCACACGCAACUCGCAAAGGAUUCUGGGAUGACGAAGUGGUGCACAAAGGCCCCGAUUCGGGUUAUUUGUUUGGCCUGAAGAAUCUGAUUCGGUUCUUGAAAGACAUACAGGACGAGUAUGGUAAUGAAGACUCGUCCUAGCCUUAUAACGUCCUGUUUCAUGCCAUCCCCUCAUUGACGUUCUGUCGACGUCUGUGAUCUGUACAAAUACUUCCUGGUCAGGAACAUGUGCUAUGUGUUCAUAAUGAACUAUGUCAUAAUACUUCAUCCUGGGGAUGAAAGCGUGUUGCCUUAUUUCAGCUGCCUAGGAGGAGAGGUGUCCCUCCCCUUCCAAUGUGUCGUCGAUGUGUUGAACAUCAGACAGCCGUCAUGGUUGAAUCACAUUCCAUAAGUGUUGCAUGAUCAGCCAUUUUCAGACAUGUUCCACUUAGAUACCAACUUUUGUGCAUAUUUUCCAAAUUUUAAGUUGAGGCUUUAGUCGUAUACAGUUGGUUCUGGACAUAGUCACUAAUUUUGGUUUAACUAAAGACGUUUAUCAUGUAUAUAUACUACUCAAAAGUGAAACAGUAACUGUGUUUCUUAACAUUUGUUGAGUAGUAUAUGUUUUUCAGCACUGACAUAUGGUUACACACUUACAGUUUUAACAUCCAAAUUUUUAAUUCAGGCUUUAGUUACAUAUUAUUUGAAUGGUCAAUUUUGGACAUGACAAAAUAAAAUGUCUUUUGUUGAUCAGCA